AUGUCCCCGCAAACUCCUUUGGACUUGAGCCAUGCAUCCGAGAAGGCUCAUAAGGAGAGAGCCUACGUGACGUUUUUGGCAGGAAAUGGAGACUACGUGAAGGGAGUGGUAGGAUUAGCAAAAGGUUUGCGUAAGGUUAAAAGUGCUUAUCCUCUUGUUGUUGCUAUGUUGCCUGAUGUGCCUGAGGAACAUAGAGAGAUCUUGAGGUCUCAAGGCUGCGUCGUACGUGAGAUCGAGCCUGUUCACCCUCCGGAUAGCGAGGAUGCAUACGCAAGGGCUUAUUACAUAAUUAACUACUCCAAGCUACGAAUAUGGAACUUUGAAGAGUACGACAAGAUGAUCUACUUGGAUGCAGAUAUUCAAGUCUUUGACAAUGUUGAUGACCUCUUUGAUAUGGAAGAUGGCUAUUUGCACGGUGUGUUGAGUUGUUUCUGUGAGACAAUAUGGAGUUACACUCCACUCUACUCGAUCGGGUACUGUCAAUAUUGUCCAGAGAAGGUCAUGUGGCCGACCGAGAUGAAAUCUGCUCCUCCUCCUCCUCCAUACUUCAAUGCUGGUAUGUUUGUGUUUGAGCCUAAUCCUUUGACAUAUGAGCGUCUCCUUCAGACCCUCAAGGUUACUCCACCUACACCCUUUGCCGAGCAAGAUUUUCUCAAUAUGUUCUUUGAGAAAGUAUUUAAACCAGUCCCUCCGGUUUACAACUUGAUUUUGUCUGUGCUUUGGCGCCAUCCGGGGAAGGUUGACCUGGAGAGAGUCAAAGUUGUUCACUACUGUCCACCUGGAUCCAAACCAUGGAGGUACACAGGAGAAGAGCCUAACAUGGACAGAGAAGACGUUAAAAUGUUAAUUAAGAAAUGGUGGGAUGUUUAUAACGACGAGUCUCUUGAUUUCAAACCUAAAAGCCCUGCAAAUUUGGAAGCAAACGUUUCAAAAUCAACAAUUCUAGCUUCCGUAACACAAGCAGCACUUUGA